AUCACAAUAUGCAUAUGUGACCUUGAAGUGCUUAGCCUCUCCAUAAGCCGUGUGCCAAUAUCCAUUGUAGCUUAACAAACUGUCUUGCCCAACAGGCCUACUGUAAGGUCUUAAAAUGUCCGGGGACUUCAGUUCUCGUCUUAGUCAAGAUGUAAAACUCUUUGUCUCUACCAAUAAACUAGGUGGUGAGAACUAUAGCUAUUCGAAACCUAGUUUACCAGUAAAACAACCUAAGUCCGCUUACGUUGAUUUUAAUCCAUGGUACGAGGGAUGGGAUCGUCUCAGUAUGGAUGACAAGUGCGAACUGAAAGAUCUGGCAGCGUUUAAGUCUGCGCAGUAAGUUGGAAUACGCGUGCAGGUAAGUAAAUUAUAACGUAUUGGUUUUUGUAGAUUUAACAGGUGAGCCUACAAAUUCUCGAACAACAUAAAAGUCUUGUUUUUGGUUAUUACUUGUUACAUGCUCCAGAAUAUGCAGAUAAGAUCUCUGUUUGUUAUCUUUAUUCUAUAACUGUAUCACUCAAUAUUAGUUUGUUUAUUAGAUGUAUCACGCAGUGAGACAGUAUUAUUUACAAACUAAUAUGGAAUUACUUACUACCACAGUGCCCAAGUUGUACACAUAUAUUAAUAUGUAUCACUCAAAUUCUAACUAUUCAAAAGAAAUGAAAAUCUAUUGUGGAGACUUAUUUGUUUUUUACUUAUGCUUAUGGUUUUGGGAGUUGUGUGAUGUUGGAAUGUUGGCGUUUCUAUAGUUGUUUCACCGGAGUUUCUGUAAAUGCCAAAAAUCUGUUGCCUACUGGGAGAAGACGUUAUUCAAGUGUGUGUGUGUGUGUGUGUGUAGCACAAUGUUUAGGUUUUGCUUGGGAAAUAAUUAAUAAAUUUCAGAUAGCAACUGUCUGUUCAUUAUAGUAGAUUUAAUAGUCUGAUUGUGAGACAUUGAAAUAACAACUAAGUGCAGCGAAGUCUCUUUUCAACGAAUUCAUUCACUUAACAGUUCAGUCGCAAUUAUAUGUAAUUAUUUUAUAUGUUACUAGAAUACGAAUACAAAUUAGUUUGGAGUGUUGUUUACGCCAAAAUCUUUCACAGUAGUGAUGAGUAGCCAAAUUGUAACUACGCUAAUUUUGCUUAAUAUGAAAUAGAUUGGAUGUUAAUGAAAAAGAAUGUAAACAAGUACCAAAAUAAAUAAUGUAGUCGAUGAAGAGGGUGAACAAGAGGUAUUGAAUUGAAUUUUUGAUUUUCCCUUCGAUUGAUUGGACCGAAGUGCUCGGUCUCAGGUUGACAUGUUGGCUUCUUGUGCAGAUGCCUCGACGAUGUCUGGGCAUUUAAUCAGUAUACAGUUGGUGGAUGGUGG